AUGGAAGAUAUCAUACCUACCAUCAUCAUCAUAGCCGCCAUAUACUUCUUGGUAAGAUGGAUCACUGGAUCGAAAUCAGGUAACAACACGCAAGGUGGUAUAAGGGGAGUGACUCCCAGUAUGGUUGAUACCAUACACGGAGCCUUCCCUCAUGUCCCACUACCAAACAUAAUAUACUCGUUAUCCCGAACGAGGAGCGCUCAAGCUACGUCUGAAGAGAUUUUAGAGAGAGGUACAUUACCGACUCCCCCUCCAAAUUUCCAAAUUCCCGCUUCCCUGCUCCCCUCCACCCCUCCUUCAUCUACUACCACAACCACUACUAACACGCCUUCAUCGAACAACGGUAAAUCCCAAAAUGCCAAAAACUCAUCAUUGAUCGAUCGAUAUAACCUCUCAUCGCGAAUACCUACGCCUUCGCACAAAGGUAAAGAGAAGGAGUUACCAGAUGAAGUAGACUCGGGAGCGUCCACUCCUGUUAGCAUUAGUGAAACGGAAGGAAAGAAGCAUUGGGAAGAUACGAGAGAGAAGAGGGAGAUGGGGUUGAGGGAGAGGAAAGAGAAGAUGAUCCUAGAAGCUAGAAGGCGAAUGCUGGAGAAACAAGCUCAAGCUCAAGCGCAAAAUACGAAUUCGACCACCGCAUAA